AUGACAGAAUCCCAUACUGCGAUUCAGCUUAUUGACGAGGCCAAGGAGUUCAAUCCAGCCGUUUUGGAUUAUUUUCGUCAAUGUAUAAGCGGUAGAGAUGUGGGCUUAGACUACCAUGUAAUUUCGGUCUUUGGAUCACAGUCAAGUGGUAAAUCCACGCUCCUAAACGCUCUGUUUGGUACCCAAUUUGAUACUAUGAAUGCUAAAAAUAAGCGGCAACAAACUACCAAAGGCAUUUGGCUCGGUCACACGAGAGAAGUGACCGUUGCGAACCAGGGUAAAGAUGCCAUUGAUGAUCUAUUUGUUCUCGAUGUAGAGGGUUCUGAUGGAGCUGAGCGUGGUGAGGACCAGGAUUUUGAACGGAAGGCGGCCCUGUUCGCGAUUGCUGUAUCAGAAAUUCUGAUCGUCAAUAUGUGGGAACAACAGGUUGGUCUGUACCAGGGAAACAACAUGGCCCUGUUAAAAACUGUUUUCGAAGUCAAUUUAUCGCUCUUCGGUCAUAGAAAUGACCACAAAGUACUUCUUCUGUUUGUCAUUAGAGACCAUGUUGGCGUCACUCCUUUGGAUAGCCUUCGAGACACCCUAGAAACAGAGUUGCAGGAUAUUUGGAGCCAAUUGACAAAACCUGAAGGUUGCGAAAAUCGGUGUCUGUAUGACUUUUUUGAUCUCAAAUUCACGGCCUUGGGCCACAAGGUUCUUCAGCCAGACGUGUUCGCAGAGAACCUUGGUGCCCUUGGUUCUCAUUUUUCUGAGAAGCCUAACUCAAAAGCCAGCUACUUCAAAUCAGAAUAUCACCACAACUUGCCCUUGGAUGGAUGGACUAUGUAUGCGGGCAACUGCUGGAACCAGAUUGAAACUAACAGAGAUUUAGACCUUCCUACUCAACAAGUUCUUGUAGCGAAAUUCAAAACUGAGGAGAUCGCCCAUCAAGCUCUUGUUCAAUUCCAAGAGAGCUACCCACGGCAGCUUUUUGGUGCAAAUCAGCGUCAAAUGCUUAUUGACACAUUGCAAAGCUUAAAAUCUCAGUGUUUGGGCGAUUAUGACAGUUUUGCAUCACGAUAUGCGAGAUCCGUAUUUUUGGAAACCAGAAGUGGGCUUACAAAAAGCAUUGAAGCUGAGUUUCAAAAAACUAUAGCAAAUCAUUUGACUGCUGUCCAAGAGGCCUUGAUCGCUAAUUUUGAAAAAGAGUUGACAGCAAAGCCUAAGACAAAAUCUUUUAUCGAACACUUGACAGCCACCCAAUCUGUUAGUAGCGAAGAGUUUCGGGCGUACUUGUCAGAGCUAAUCAAGCUGGAAAUGGUUCCAUCUUUGAACGAUGAAGAGAGCUCGUUUUUUACAAGCCUGGAGCAAGCUUGCACGCUUCAAAGUCAAAAGUAUCUGAAACAAACUGUCAUUCGCUCAGGAAAAAACAUUACAACUGGUCUAAAAGAAGGUGUGGUUUACUUACUGAUGCAUCCUGAGAAGGACUUGUGGGAUCGCGUGAUGGAGAGGUUCGAGUUCGUUAUCUCUCAGAGCUUGAGUAGAUUUGACGUGGGUGACGGUUUGUUUGACUUUCAAACAGGGCUUUCCGAUGAAAACAACAAAAAAGUAUAUCAGCAGAUCAGAUCCAAGGCGUGGCGUAGUCUCCAUGAAAUCGUUCACGAAAAUCUCAGUGAUGAUAAUAUUGUAUCGACCUUAAGAGAGCGAUUUGAGAAUAAGUUUAGAUUUGACGAGAACGACUCUCCACGCUUAUGGAAAAAUGAAGAGGAGAUCAACACCGCUUAUAGAGUUGCGAAGGAGCACGCCUUCGAGGUCCUCGAUGUGCUAUCCCUCGCAGCUUCUUCGGAUCACGUUGAAAUAAUACCUGAUGUACCCAUCAAAUUUAAUGACGGGAUCGAUGACGAACUUGAUGGUGAUGGAAUGGGUGAAUACGAAGACGAAAAUGGUAUUUAUCACCAGAAAAGCUUUGCGCACAUCCUGACGGCAUCUCAAAGAGAGAAAGUCAUACAAAAGUUCAAGCGCGAGGCUAACAUUGCGGUCAUUGAGGCCAAGAGAUCUAUUAUAAAAACGACCACCCAUAUUCCACUCUAUAUCUAUGCACUCUUGGCGGUUCUUGGCUGGAAUGAAUUUUUGAUGAUUGUCAGGAAUCCUUUGUUCGUUACGCUGCUGCUGAUAAUUGGUGUUUCAUUUUAUGUCAUUCACAAACUUAACCUCUGGAGGCCUGUGAUGGCCCUCACAAACUCUGCUGUCGGUGAAACAAAAGCACUUGUGAAAGAAAAGCUUACAAGCUGGCUAGACGGACCAGAUCUGGUGACACCGUCACAAUCGCGCCCUGAAGCUCAGUCAAAGAACUCCUUCGAGGAAUUUGAACUUCAGGAUUUAAAUAAAAAACCCUCUUCAGGGUCAGCAAAGCCUCAAUAG